AUGGCUUCUGAGAACCAAGACGACCGGGAUACGUAUGAGGAGAAGAAUGUGCACGAGGUGUACCAGCAGAUUGCGAAACAUUUUUCGGCAACGAGAUACAAGCCAUGGCCCAUUGUGGAACGUUUUCUUCUGAGUCAGAAUCCCGGCGCUAUUGGGUUGGAUGUAGGAUGUGGCAAUGGCAAGUACCUGCCGGUAAAUAAAAGUGUCUAUAUCGUGGCAUCCGAUCGAUCCGAAAAUCUCGCGCGAAUUGCACGUCAACAUCAGCCACACUCGACCAUCUUGGCUGAUGUUCUAAAUCUGCCACAUCCAGGCUCAUUCUUUGAUUUCGCAAUUUCAAUUGCCGUUGUGCAUCAUCUGUCCACCCCAGAACGAAGAAUUCAAGCAGUUCGUGAAAUCCUGCGAACGCUAAAACCUGCCUCGGGCGAUGCUCUCGGCGGCAAAGCUCUGAUCUAUGUCUGGGCACUUGAGCAAAAGUCUAGCCGCAGAGGAUGGGAUAAAGGGGAUGACCAGGAUAUCAUGGUUCCCUGGGUCAUGAAGACUCCCAGCCCUCAAGACACCCAAGAUACCCAAGAUACCCAACCAAAGGUGUUCCACCGAUAUUAUCAUCUCUACCAAGCUGCGGAACUGGAGCGGGACGUUGACAGCGCGGGCGGCCGGGUGCUGGAAUCCGGGUACGAUAAAGAUAACUGGUGGGCGAUCGCGACGCGAGUAGAUCAGAAAUAA